UGCACUCACCACUCUCAGACACAAGACAGUCGCCUCCACACAGCCGUGACAAACAGACGCUUUAUAUAUAUAGUUGUGAACCAUUUUUGUUGUGCAAAAAAUGUGAUUCCAACGACAUUCAAGGGAUUUUCAUGUAUUUUGGAUAUUGUUAUUUUGUGAACUCACUGUGUUGUUUUUGUGAAAUAUUUUAAGAUGGCGUAUAAAGUGAUCGCCUGUAUUUUAUUCCUGGCGUUCGCGGCAGCAGGAAAUGAAAAAUCAAGAUGGUCACGGCAACUUAGCUCUUAUACAUCAGACAUAAGCGACUGGGUGCCAUUACCUGGUCCGCCGGAGAGAGAACCGAUCCAAAUUAGACGUCAAUCGAUCGCAGAGCCAAGGAUUCUAUCGGAACCCUUCCCUGGAUUUGGAAAACCAACUGGAUUCUCUCAAGAUGACUUCCCUCCAAGAUCUCUCUUUAAUGCACAAACUAAUAGACAGCUUUAUCUUCAAGCUGUACCGUCAGCACCGCAGAAUUAUCUCACAGACCAAGGUUUUGGACAAGGGCUUAAGUUUGGAUUGGCGCAACCUAAUUCUCCAUUCAGUCAAGGCUUUGUUUCUCCUCAGUUCAAUUUUGAUACCAUUCCGCAAAUGAAAUCGAGGCCGCCAACGGUAUCUAGUGCCGCCAACGGCAAAUAUGAUGGUUUUCUGAAACCUCAACCACUUCCACCCCAAAUGAGACAACAAUUUAUAAAUCCAACACCAAAGAUUAAACCAGAAGCUCCAAAAUUUGUUGAUGGAUACAGAAUUGUUAAUAAUUCCGAUUUCGGUAUGCCUAAGAAAGCACCGACUUUACAAAAAGUUAAAUUCGAUAACUAUGAUAAAUCAAAAGAAGCCGUAUCUCAAGGCAAAUCUAAAGCCGAAAGAGAAGAGGUUCAGCUACUCUACGUGCCAAUAGAAUCGUUGAAUAGAGGACAGUUUAACUUCAGGAGUCCACUUACAUCGGCACAAAUUCUAAAUACAGACCCGUAUAAUCAAAACUUGCGGGUUAACCCACUGAAACAAAAUCUCGCUCCCGAAUAUCAGAGGCCGUUAACGAAACCUUUGGAAACAUUCAACUCGCAAGAAGCAUUAAAUGACUUUAAUAGGCAACUCAUUGGAUUUGAUCAAAACUCAAAGUUUUCAACAUUAUCAUCGCCGUUUCCGACUGCUCCACCUACAACACCAAGGCCGAAAAAACUGAAACCGCAUCAACCACCUCUGGCUAUAUUUUUAUCACCAGAAUCAAAAGAAAGUACCGUGAAAGUUGGAGACGUGUUGAAUUCUUUGAAAAAUGCCGACUCUGUACCAGUUUUAGACUCUGUAAAUCCUCUUAAUGCACCAAAAGUUUUUAUAGGGCCUUCAAACUUAACACCUCCAGAUAAUUAUGUCAAAUUCGAAUUGCCAUAUCUAUCAAAUAUCGAUAACGUGGAUAAGAAACUACGUCAACUGCCAUUCUUCGUGGCUCCUCUAAGCUACAACACUCCGCAAGGAUUUGCUAAGAUUCCAUUCCCUUCUCCACACGUUGGGUCAGUAGUGAUCAAUUCACAAAUAAAGGAAUCUUCCAACACACCUGCACCGCAACCUAUUCCUGAAACGUAUGAAAACCCAUACAUAAGACCACAAGUAUAUAACCGACCACAGUAUCAACAAAACGUCGUAACGCAAAAACCUCAAAUAAGUUAUUACAGUACUGUUGCUCCAAAACCAAGUAGUCCGCCAAAUUACCAAAAUAACUACUACUCUAUUGAACAACAAUCAGUUAGUACUUUAUCACCGCCCAAACAAGCUUCCACAGUGAAGAGUCCUCCUAAACCAGGAUCCUACUUUUUGAGUAACUUUGGUGAUCAGUAUACUCCAUCUCAAUACGUUAACUUCCCUGAACAGGUGACCCAUAACCAACCCCAGCGCGUCAAAUCUUAUAGUGUUCCUCAACAAGUAGAAACUACAACUACGCCAAGAACUACUGUUACAACGACAACGAAACCCUCGUCUACACACCCCAGCCAUCUUUUGGAAACGCAUAAUCCAUUUUCUAUUAAUCAUGCAUUCCAUUUCAAUACUCCAGUCGAUUACCAAAACUUUUUCGAUGAAUAUAAAGAAACUCAUGCAACUCCGGGUACGUCAUCGUCUACUACACCAGCUGCCACUGUUGCGCAGACGGAAGCUACAACAGUGCCGAGCACAACCGCCACACAAAGUUCAAGACAACGAUAUUCACAAUCCUAUGUACAGAACUACUCUCCUGAAAUCCAUUAUGAAUCUGAAAGUCAAUCCUCUAGGCGGCCGGCUUACCAGACAAAGGAAUACCCAAAAAUAAGAAAUGAACCAACACCACGUCCAGAAUAUAAACAGCCAGUAACAGAAGAAUUACCUUCUCAAAACGAAUUGGAAAUAACUAGAAUUAAUUCGUUUGCACCAAAUAAAGAAAUUGUAGAAACUGAACCUCCUAAAGAGGACUCAAAUACAGAGACUGUAAGCUAUGUACCCGAACCGACAGUAUAUGAAAAACAACCGGCUGAGGUACCCCAACAAUAUAAUCAACACGAAGUUAACUACAGUUAUGAAGAAGUACAACCCACAGAGGUUAGUACUACAACUACCACAACUUCAACUACUCGGCGUACACCUUUAAGGACGAGAGGUCGUCCCCGAUACACUACUGCUAGGACAGAUACAAAUGAAUACACCACACGCGCUACACAAACACGAAGACCUUAUAGAGAAAGAAAGCCACCAACAAAUAGACCAAAAUAUGAACCUAACAGAAUAACCACUGAAAAGCCUGAUAAGGAAUAUUCUGAAAGUAUAGAAAGCACAACAAGACCGCAAAGGACUAGAGGUCGUGUUCAAUACAAGCCACGAUACGAUGAGAUUACGGAAACAAAGCGUUCCAAACAAAAAGAACAAGAUUUAGCAUAUCAAAGGGAUGUUUUACAUCAGAACUACCCUGUGACACUAAUGGAACGUGCAAGCACUGUUGAUAUUGAUGCUAUAACCGAAUCAACAGCAAAACUUCAUGUCACUAACACUGUAGACGAAUCGAAAUCAUUUGAUACUGAAAAUGCCUACACAAACGAUAAACCAUCCAUCACGGAGAAUAUUAAUGCUGAAUUAGCUGGAGACGUAUUUGCAUCUAAAUCCGUUUCUUCUGAAUCAGAAACUCAAUAUGGACAGCAAGGAAAUAGUGGUCGAAAUGAUGAAUAUGUUUACCAAACAAAAAGUAGCGUAGGACCAUCAGCUUACGAAGAAAUUAAAGAACAACACUCUGGAGAAGAAAGACAAGAAAAUGGUGAUGAAAUAUAUCAAACAAGUCCAGUUAGCCCAGUUACAGAACAAAAUAUACCCAAUUAUUCGGCUAAUAAUGAGUAUGCGACAGAAAAGCAGGAAAUAUCUGAAGAUGAGGAAACAAAAAUUACCAACCACGAUGUAACAGAGGAUCAAAAUCAAGAAGAACAAGUUGUAGAAACGACACCCUCAUACAAUAGAGUUAGAGUACGACCAGGAUUAGUGAGACAGUACCAACAAUCUUCAUCUACAGAAUCCACAAGAAAAACUGAGAGGAAAAAGUUAUCCCAGCCUAUUACAUACCGGCCAGCGUUUGAUAGACGGCGAACAACAAUGCGUAUUGAAGAAAUUGAAGCUGAUCUAAAAACAAAACCUGUCAACAGUCGAACACAAUAUGAAGACCACAGACAUCCUGUUUAUAAACCAGAAUCAACGACAGAACCACCGGCAACAGCGUCAUCAGCAGAAACAACAAAUAAACGUGGACAAUUUCGACGAAGAAGACCAGUUUAUACUACCACGACAGAAGCAUCAGCUAGGAAAACGUAUGACGUUAAAAACAGGUACCGAGGGCGAAGACCGACUGAAAAGCCUACUGAGAAACCGGAAGUACAAACAGACGAUUCGUCAUCUACUACUACAAGAAGUCCGCCGUACAACAGAUUUAACCACAGAACAAAACUUUCUGAACGCUACAACAAAAAGCCUGAACCUGAAGAAGCUGUUACUGAGGAUCAAGAACCCAAUUAUUCAAUAAAUAGGCCGAAAUAUGCUGCUCUAGACUCCGAACGUUGGUCCCCAAAAAUUUCUAAAGAUUCAUUUAAACCGUAUAAUCCUAACGAUCUACUUGAAGAAAAUAAACCAUCUGAAACAAAAUCAAAAGACGAAGAAUUAGAUAUUAUAACUGCAAGAAACGAAUAUGAUGAUAUUUUAAUAUCUGUUACACCUGCGACAAAUACUAACAAUAGAGUCAAUAAGAAAAUCGCAGAUAUUCCUUCUACGCUUGAAGCUUAUGUCGAACAAAGUAAAGUAGGUAAAACAGAAUCAAAUGAAGCAGCGUCUACAUUUGAAACUAUGUUAGAGGAAGUAAUGAAAAGCUUGGAAGAACAAGAUGAAGAUGAAUAUACAAAUAAAGUAAUGAAACACAAGGGUGGUGAAAUUGGAGAAAUACCGCCUGAGAAAAUAAUAACGUCUGGGGAAAAUUAUUCAUCAAAAACUACUACACCUGUACAAGAAGACACGACUACAGCGGUGCCAGCGACGGAGGAUCAAGCUCAGGAAGAUGAUGAGGAGGAUGCCAAUCGCAAGAACCGUCGACGUGGUUUCUGGAAAAAAGUUAAAGUUCGCCCAAUAACAGAGUCUUUCGAGGUUGCAGAAUCACAGUACUACCCUAAUACAGUAAAUACACUUGGACAAAGCGUAUCAAAAAUAUCCUCUGAUAAAUCGAUUGAAAGUAACAAGAAGAAAAUGAAAGUAACCACAUACAAGCCAAGUUUCCAAUUCAUAAAGGAUUUCUUUGAAACUGAUGACAGUGCAUUUGAUUUAUCAGCCGAUAUUGAUAUACCUAAAAUAAACGCAACACGCCAGUACGACGCUAUAACUCAAAAAGUUGAAGCAAUUACUGAACCUGCCAUGAAGGAAACAAUCGCUGAUAUCAGUCCUGGAGAUAUGGACUGGGGUACGGGAUCACCAGAUCCAACAUUGGAAGAUGCAUCUUUCUAUUCGGAACCUACACAGCCAACUAUAGACAGAUCAGAUGGUUUUAGCUUCAUGGAAUAUCUAUUUGGAAUGCAGUCGAGCGAGGAACCUCUACCAGUCAAAAAUGAAACCAGGGAAGAGUCCACCAAAGCAUCGGAAAGUGCAUUUGAAUCGGAGACAACAAAAGGAACAACCGACAGUUACAUACCUGAAGAAAUAACAGCCGAUACUGUAACAGAAAAUUCAGCUAAUACUGAAGAUCAGAAAAAUAUAAGCAAUGACGCAACAGAAAAAUCGCAGGCUGUCGAAAGUACAUCAGCAUCUAGUUUUAUGGAUCCUUCAAAUGUAAUAAGCACAUCCAUGUCUACAGAGGUAUCGCAUGAAACUGAAAUUUGCUUUAGAGGUAAAUGCAUCAAAACAAAGAAGGACUUAUUAUUAUAAAAAGUGCUAUUGAGUUCAAACUUAGUGUUACGGGAAUAGUGAAAAUGUGAGAGGACACUUGGUGUAUAGACUAUGUUAUAAAACUUAUUUAUAUUUUAAUGAAAUCCUGUAAAUAGCUGUCUAGCCCUUUACUUGAUUUCAUUUUUAUUCUGACCCUAAAUAUGGCUAUUAGAGUCAAUUAUUAAUGUUGAAAGAUUGAGGCUCUUUGCGCUAACAGUCUUAAAAGUAUGGUUUAAAUUUACCAAUUUUUAUAUGAAUAGAAUGUUUAAAGAAAACUAAUAUUUCUAAAACAUUUUUAUUAAAUUUAAAUUAAACUAUUCUGGGCAACCCUAUAUGAUAUGCUUUUAUUGUACGUUUGUAAAGAUGUUACAUGCCAGUUUACAGAAAGCACAUAAUUAUUUCAUAAAUGUAAUUUUUAGUUAGGGUUGCCACAUAACAAUAAAUAAAGGUUAGUGGAGUAUAUUUCAAUGUAAUAUAAUUAACUCAAUUUAUCUUAAGAUUUUAUAUUUUUGUACUAUAGUAUUUGACUGAAAGUAUUGUGUAAUCGACUAAUGCUAAGCUAUAUUAUAUCUAUUUAUUUAAUGUAUUUACUCUGUCUAAGGGUAUUCAGUGAAAUAGUUUCUUACCCCACCCAAAGGUUUUAUGUAAUGACCACUCUAGUGGUUAUGUACCAUCAUUGUAUAUUUUUACAAUAAAAAUAAUAUAAAAAAAAUUAUAAAA